AUGAGUGUCCUCUACCACCCAGAUAAAGCUAAUAUGGUUGUUGAUGCUCGUAGCAGGUUAUAUAUGGGGAGAAUAACCCAUGUGGAAGAAAGGAAGAUACAGUUGGCUAAAAAGAUGGCUUCGUAUGAGGCUCUUUAUGGAAGGAGAUGUAGGUCGGCGAUCGGUUGGUUCGAGGUUGGUAAAGCUGAAUUGAUUGUGCCAGACUUGGUUCAUCAAUCUAUGGAAAAGGUCAAGAUCAUCCAGCAAAGGGUUAAGACUGCUAAAAGUCUAUAUAAAUCUUAUGCUGUUAUUAAAAAGAGAGACUUGGAAUUUGAGGUGAAUGACUGGAUUGUGAAGAGAGUGGGUAAUAUAGCCUAUGAGUUAGAGCUACUGCUAGAGUUAGAUGUUGUCCACCCUGUGUUCCAUAUCUCCAUACUUAAGAAGUGUUUGGGAGAUCGUUCACUCAUUUUGCCAACUAAAAGCAUUGGGGUGAAAGAGAGUUUGAGUUAUGAGGAGAUUCCAAUUCAGAUUCUUGAUCGGCAGGUUCGCAAGUUGAGAACCAAGGAGGUAGCUUCAGUCAAAGUUCUAUGA